UGAGUUCCGGAAGUUGGUGUUUCUGUCAGCGGGACAACGCGGCAGCGACUCUUCAAAGCGGAGCCGGGAGUUUUCGCUACUCUUGUCGCCGCCAUGAGCCGCAAUUAUAACGAUGAACUGCAGUUCUUGGAAAAGGUCAAUAAAAGCUGCUGGAGAAUCAAGAAGGGCUUCGUGCCCAACAUGCAGGUUGAAGGAGUUUUCUAUGUGAAUGAUGCUCUGGAAAAAUUAAUGUUUGAAGAAUUAAGGAAUGCCUGUCGAGGUGGUGGUGUUGGUGGCUUCCUGCCAGCCAUGAAACAAAUUGGCAAUGUGGCCGCCCUGCCUGGGAUUGUUCAUCGAUCCAUUGGGCUUCCUGAUGUCCAUUCAGGUUAUGGGUUUGCUAUUGGGAAUAUGGCGGCUUUUGAUAUGAAUGACCCUGAAGCAGUGGUAUCCCCAGGUGGUGUCGGAUUUGACAUCAACUGUGGUGUCCGCUUGCUAAGAACCAAUUUAGAUGAAAGUGACGUCCAGCCUGUGAAGGAGCAGCUCGCCCAAGCUAUGUUCGACCACAUUCCUGUCGGGGUGGGGUCGAAAGGCGUCAUCCCGAUGAAUGCCAAAGACUUGGAGGAGGCCUUAGAGAUGGGUGUGGACUGGUCCCUAAGGGAAGGCUAUGCCUGGGCUGAAGACAAGGAGCACUGUGAGGAGUACGGAAGGAUGCUGCAAGCCGACCCCAGUAAGGUCUCUGCCAGGGCCAAGAAAAGAGGCCUUCCCCAGUUGGGGACUCUGGGAGCAGGCAACCACUAUGCAGAAAUCCAGGUUGUGGAUGAGAUUUUCAAUGAGUAUGCUGCUAAGAAAAUGGGCAUCGACCAUAAGGGACAGGUGUGUGUGAUGAUCCACAGUGGAAGCAGAGGCUUGGGCCACCAAGUAGCCACAGAUGCACUGGUAGCUAUGGAAAAAGCCAUGAAGAGAGACAAGAUUAUAGUCAAUGACCGUCAGUUGGCUUGUGCUCGAAUCGCUUCCGCAGAGGGUCAGGACUACCUGAAGGGAAUGGCAGCGGCCGGGAACUAUGCCUGGGUCAACCGCUCUUCCAUGACCUUCUUAACCCGUCAGGCUUUUGCCAAGGUCUUCAACACAACCCCUGAUGACUUGGACCUACAUGUGAUCUAUGAUGUUUCUCACAAUAUUGCCAAAGUAGAACAGCAUGUGGUGGAUGGAAAGGAACGGACUCUGUUAGUACACAGGAAGGGAUCCACCCGAGCUUUCCCUCCUCACCAUCCCCUCAUUGCGGUUGAUUAUCAACUCACUGGACAACCUGUGCUCAUUGGCGGCACCAUGGGAACCUGUAGCUAUGUUCUCACUGGCACUGAGCAGGGCAUGACAGAGACCUUUGGAACAACUUGUCAUGGAGCGGGCCGUGCACUGUCCCGAGCAAAGUCAAGGCGUAAUUUAGAUUUCCAGGACGUCCUAGACAAAUUGGCAGACAUGGGAAUUGCAAUCCGUGUUGCCUCACCCAAGCUGGUUAUGGAAGAGGCACCUGAGUCCUAUAAGAAUGUGACUGAUGUGGUGAACACCUGCCAUGAUGCCGGAAUCAGCAAGAAGGCCAUUAAACUGAGACCGAUUGCUGUUAUCAAAGGAUAGAACCCUGACCACAGCCACCGGACACCACUGACCCUCACUGAAGUGGACGUGGACUGAAAUGCUCUUCAGACAUCAGACUCGAGACCUGACAGGUUCCAGGGUGUGCAGGUGUAGCUGCCCGUUCCAGAAUGGCUGGCGGGGAGGCUCCUGAUUCAGUAGCCAAUGUUGUAAACUUUCCUUCUGGGAGGAGUCACAAUGCCUCCAUUUGGAAAGGGAUGUAUAUGCUUCCUCCCUGAUUAUCCCACAGGUUUUUAGGAAAGUCUGUUAGGGGGUGGGGGUAAGUCAGGAAACCGCCUUACUCAGUCAUACAAGUCUUUAAUCAUCAGAAUGAAGUUCUUUACACCAACCUUUGUUUCCAGCCUGAGAGGUGUCAUGAAGAACAUUGUAUUAAAUAGGAAGGUUUUGGAAUGUU